AUGCCUGGAUGGCCCAAAUCAGCAACAAGAAAGAGGCAGGAAGCCUGUGAGGCUUGUGACUACCUCAUGUCAUGUGCUGUGGAAGCAUAUUGUGCCAAGCUCAAAAAAGCUCUAGGAAUUCAACAUUGUGGGGCAAGGACAAUCUGCCAUGACUUUGAAAAGAUGAACUUUGAAGUAACAGGAAAGUUAAUCAAGCUAUCUUAUUCAACUCUCAUCUGUCUCGCAGCUGGUGGAAAGAUAUUGAGUGAGACAAAUGCAGCCAAGGCAUGGGUCACUGAGGAGGAGAUGAAACAAGUCAUUGCCUAUAUUCAAGAAGUUGGUGACCAUGGUUUUCCACUCAGCCACAAGCAGCUUCAUGAACAUGUCAAUGAAAUAUGUCAUGCACGACUGGGACAUACAUUUCCAGGAGUUGGAGUUAAAUGG